GAUGACUGUGGAAGUCUGGAAAGAGGAAGUGGUCAGCAGGAGGUCGGUUCAGGUGGAGAUAGCAGCAGGUACACUGCCUGACAUCACCAUCGAGAAACCAGACAAUGUAGUGUUGGCUGACGAGAGACUCUACGUUCGGGCGUGGGUGACGGGCGUGGCAGACCUUGUGGCUUGGUGGGAGGUGGUGCAGGCAGCUGGCUUCUCCUUCGUCGACAUUUCACAGUUGCCAGCUGGGAUGAAGAUGACCCUCAAGGGUACGUCCAACCGGCGAUCCUACGACCUCGUCCUGCCCAAGGAGAGGAGCGAGAACUUCGUAGGGCUGGAAGACGGGACAUCGUACAAGUUUAGGCUCACUGUGGAAACCCCCCUCGGAAAGUAUGGUCAGGCCGAGGUCAUCCUCACGACCAACAACCCGCCGAUUGCUGGGACGUUUGAGGUGACGCCGAGCAGUGGAGAAGCUCUGGUGACUUACUUCCAGUUCAGCGUCGCCGGCUGGAACGACGUGCCUGAGGACCUUCCGCUCACUACGUCCUUCGGGUACCGAUUGGGCGCCUCCGACAGCGUCACGUGGGCCUUCACCACCACCGACGAGGACCCCACGGCCGAACUCGUCCUCCCUGGAGAUGGUACCACUACGCUGGUGACUCCUCUGGCCAAGGCAUGCGAUACCAACGGCGGCUGCACGAUAGUCGAGGGCAGCGCCGUCACCGUCACCCUCACCGACGCCCUCUCCCUCGAGGCGUUCGGCGCCCUGAGCCAGCAGUUCACGAACGGUCUCGGCGAGGACGACACAAGCUCCGCGGCGCUGGACAUCGGCCGGGGCGUCGUCCGCACGUUGGACGCCAUGGGGUCCGACACGCAGAAGAGCACCUUCACGGUCCUGGCCGACUCUGGGAUUCAAGAGAAGGUGGCCAAUCUACUGAGCAGGAACGCGGACGCUCGCCGGGGCUCCUUCGACAUGGUGAGCAGCAUCCUGGACCUGGCCGAGGAGGCGGCACUCAACGGUGACACCAUCAACGACAUCCUGGCUCUGACGCGGCAGUUGAUAGCUGACAUCCUGCGGACUCCGGUGCGACUGGAUGAGGACCUGGCAUUCCAGUCCAAGGACCUGCUGGUGGUUGAGGCCCUGCCGACCGACGGCCGCGUCUACUACCCCGGCACGGACUCAGACUUGACGGCUGUCAGGACUCAGGCUCUUCACAGAAAGGCCGACGGUAGUGGUCACAGGAGGCUAAAGAGACAAGCCAUUAGCAACGAGACAGAACAACAGCCUCUCACAGUAGAGCAGGUGCUGACCGGGCUGAGGGUGACAGAGAAGGCGCUUGUCGAAGCUGACACUGAGGGCACCAAGACGGCCAGAAUGGAUGAACUGCUGAAGACUAUUCCAGGGUACCUUUCGGGCCUCUGCGUGGGCAUGAGCAACCAGGACAUCCCGAAGAACGUCCUGGGCACGCUGGUCGGGCUCACCGUGGUCAAGUCAGCACUUGUUAACGAGGCCGACACCAAGUUCGCCAUUGCCGACAGCACAGUCAAUAAGGAUGACUUUUUGAAGAAUGAUAGUGAUAUCACGUGGGGCGUCCUCCUGGACUCGUACACGGAAUGGAGCUGCGGCAGGAAGGGGGCCGAGGGCGAGGACCUGGCGUGCUACGGGGCGUGUCUUGGGACGGUGCAGUACAAGGACGACUUCCUCUCGCCGGUGUUUGGCGUCGAUCCCCCGGGGGAUUUUAGAGGCACCGUAGUGCAAGGAGUGAUCAUGAACCCCGUCACAGGAGUGGAGAUUCCCUUGGACAAUGUGCCGGAGAAGAUCCAGAUCAACAUGGUUAUCGAAAACUACACGGUUCCUGAUGGAAAGCGCCUGAAGUGCUACGCAUGGGACGGAGAUGAAUGGAACGGAAGGAUCUGCGGCACGGGCAAAAUGCGCGAAAAUGGUGAGUUGCGGCUCCUUCGCUGCAACUGCAAUAAGGGCUACUACAUCGCCGUGUUCCUGAUAACGAGGAACCCCGGCCAAGAGGAGCCUUCCACAACCACCAUGGAGAUACCAACAGCCGCGGAUAUGACCGAAGCCCCCGGAACGGAGACCUCGGAGAUAACAUACAAGAACGUCAAAUUCAAGAUCCAAGGCAACUACAGCGUGAUCGUAGGAGACAGGAAAGAGGAAUUCGAGAAGAACUUGACUCAGCAGCUGGCAGCGCAGCUCCAGUGCACCGUGCUGUGCAUCAAAAACCUCACAGUCAGUCCUGGAAGCGUCUUGGUCGAGUUCUUCCUGCAGGAGGACGGGCAGAGGAUGGGUUCUUCCAAAACGACGGAGGAGCUGUAUGUGGAGCUCUACACGAUGAUCCAGAACGGAGAGCUGGAGCUGAAGGGACCCAAGAGCGAGGACCUGUUUGUGCCGCCGCAAGAGCUGGACGGGUCGGGGCCUGCGGUGUUGGAGAAAAAGGACCCGACACUCGUCCCCAUCAUCAUCGGCGGUCGUGGGGCCUCGUCCUCAUCGUGCUCGUUCUCAUCUGCGUCGCCAUCUAUAUCAAGGGCAAAAAGAGGGGCGAUAAAAUGCAGUCGUUGCAGACCAUAGGAUCUCAACCUCCAACUUACAGCUCCAUACACUUCGAGAAUUCCUUAGAUGGCACAGCGAUGUCGAUGUCAAAGCGCCGCAACAACCAGUCGGGAAGCCUUUCCUCCGGGGGCGCCUACUCUGACGAG